GCAACCUGUGCAGCUUUGAAUGCGAAACUGCCUCUAGCUUCAAAAGUUGCUGCUUGAUGGUGUCAGUGGAACCAGAAUAGUCCAAUGAUCGUUUGAUAUCUUAGAGUUGAUUCCUCCAUUAUAGAUUGGCCCAAUUCACUGGGCGUGCUCGACUAGCACAUAGAUGCACCCCUAACUGAAGUGUGGAUGGAGUGGGAUACAGUGAUGAUAUGGCUGACAAGGGCGUUGAUCGGGGGUGGAGGUAUAAGUGCAGUGGUCUUGGGACUGUUAUUCUCUUUUCAGGAGCGACUGAUAUACAUGCCAAAGAUACCAGGUAUUCCAAACGACUUCCAGUAUUAUCCAAACGAUUUUGGGCUGGAGUAUGAGGAUGUGGAUCUGACAGCCAAGGAUGGCACAAAGCUCCAUGCCUGGUACCUGCACCCCAAAGGCUGGACUCUAGCCACGCGGAAGCAGCGGCCAAUGGUGCUCUUCUUCCAGGAGAACGCUGGCAACAUGUCUUUCAGGCUGCCCUUCCUGCGCUUGCUAGCUCGUUACCUGGACUGCGCGAUAUUUGCGCCCAGUUACCGGGGGUAUGGGCGCAGCCAGGGGCAACCCAGCGAGGCUGGAAUCAAGUUGGAUGCACAGGCUGCCCUAGAGCAUCUCCUGCAGAGGACAGAUGUUGACAAGGACAUGGUGGUGGUCAUGGGGAAGUCUCUGGGUGGAGCUGUGGCACUUCAUCUUGCGGCAGCAAACCCCAAGGUGUUCAGGGCAAUCGUGAUAGAGAACACAUUCCUGUCAAUCGAGGAUGUCGCUCCAAAGAUGCUCCCCUUCCUGGGACCUGUGCUGGGCAGAGGCAAAGUGGGAAACUUUCUGAUUCGCAACAAGUGGAGGAAUUACCAGGCCAUACAGAAGAUAGGAAAGACCCCCAUCCUCAUGCUAUCUGCUGGACAGGCAAGAUCACUGCAUUCCCAUACUCUAUGCUUUUGCUACCUGCAGGACGAGAUUGUGCCGCAGUCUCACAUGCAAAGCCUGUAUGAUGACAUUGGAGGCGCUGACAACAAGAGAUGUUCCUGGGCAGAGUUUCCCGAUGCACACCACAAUGACACAUACGAAGUUGCAGCUCCCCAGUACUGGCAAGCCAUGCUGGCCUUCUUCAGGCAAUUUGUCCCAGUGGCGGAGUGA